AUGCACAGGACGGUGGCAAGAGUAUCGAGCAUCGAGCAGCCAGGGAGUAAAAUAUUGUUCGUAAACUGGCCAAAGUGGCUAUUUCCAGCAGGUACCCUAAAGAGAAUUGUGUUACUUGACAGACACGACUGUCCUCCUCAAAGUCCAACAUCGUGGACGGCCGAGAAAAUAUUCCGUUCUGUCUACUACGUUACAUAUGUGAUGAGAUCAACGGAACGGUACGGAGCUAGCUGUCUACUCAAAGCUGGUUUACAAAACGACGCAAGAGUUGUAGAGAUGCCACCAGCGAACCUUAAGUGUCAACUGGAACGUAGCGGUGCGUAUGAUCGACUCUGCUCAACUCCCAGCUGCGUGGAUUGA